CCUAUCGGUGCACAGAAUUGACGGCAUCGCCAAAGCACAGCUGCACUUUUGAAAUACCACGUUUUGACCCACGGGCGAGCCGCAGCAGCCUUCCCGCCAAAACAAACCUCACUCCCGCCUCGGCGGCCUCUUUCGUUCUUUCGCUUUCGUUGCCUCGCUUCACCCUGGCUUUGCACAGAACGCUCCCUGCUCAGCCACCAGACCUAUUGAGGCAGUUUGGAAGCAAGCGGAAAGCGCGGAGCAGCGCGGAGCACGAACGCGGACUUUGCCUGCGCGCGGCGGCUGCUGGCGACUACUGCAGCUGCGUGCUGCUACGGCCCUUAUUGGCUGUUGAGGUAAUCGAGCCGUCAAGGGCACGACAGAGAGGUCCCACAGCAGGCGUCAGCGGCAUCGAGCGGCAGUAGCAGUGAGCGGUAGUAGUGGCCGGCGGCAGUAGCAGCACACACCGCGCAGUAGCUGCACUAUCUAGCCGCAGCUGUUGCAGUAGCAGAGGUGCGGCGUCGACAUGGCGGCGGCGGAGGCGGCGCUGGAGGCCCAUGUGCAGGAGGAGGCUGUGGCGGUGGAGGAUGACUUCGAGUCCAUCGACAAGCUGCAGUCCAUGGGCAUAUCCGCGGCCGACAUAAAGAAGGCCAAGGAGGGCGGUGUGCACACGGCCCAGGCGCUGCUCAUGGUGCCGAAGCGGCACCUGGCGGAGAUCAAGGGUCUGAGUGAGGCCAAGAUCGACAAGAUGGUGGAGGUGGCGCGGAAGCUGGUGCCGGGGUCGGGCUGGCGCACGGCCACCGAGGCGGCCCAGGCGAGAGAGCGAGAGAUCAUAAGAAUCAAGACGGGCAGCACGGCUUUGGACGAGCUGCUGGGGGGCGGCUUCGAGACCAAGAGCCUGACAGAGAUGUUCGGGGAGUGGAGGUGCGGCAAGACCAUGCUGGCACACACGCUGUGUGUGACCACGCAGCUGCCACAGGAGGAGGGCGGCGGCUCGGGCAAGGCUGCCUUCAUCGACACGGAGGGAACGUUUCGGCCCGAGCUGGUCAAACAGAUCGCGGAGCGAUUCGGCCUUGACCCCGACGCGGUGCUGGGUAACAUCGUGGUGGCGCGCGCACACACCUCGGAGCACCAGGCCGACCUGCUCAUCUCGCUGACGGCGCUCAUGGCGGAGGAGGCCUGCUUCCGGCUCCUGGUGGUGGACUCGCUGACUGCGCCCUUCCGCACCGACUACACCGGCCGCGGCGAGCUGGCGGAGCGGCAGCAGAAGCUGAACAAUGUGCUGGCAAAGCUGAAGAAGAUCAGCGAGGAGUUCAACGUGGCGGUGGUGGUGACCAACCAGGUGGUGUCGGACCCGGGUGGCGGCGCCAUGUUUGUGUCCGACCCCAAGAAGCCGGUGGGCGGCCACGUGAUGGCGCACGCCUCCACCACCCGCCUGUCGCUGCGCAAGGGCAAGGGCGAGCAGCGGCUGAUCAAGGUGGUUGCCAGCCCCUGCCUGGCGGAGGCGGAGGCCAGCUUCUGCUGCAGCGCCACUGGCGUCAACGACUUCAAGGACUGAUGAGGAGAAGUUCAGGAUAGUGUGGAUAUGAAUCUGUAAUUAUGUACUGCUUUGGCGGAGUGAUGAGGCGUUAACGACUGUUGAAGGAGGACGGGCGGACUGAGCAGGAGGAGUGGCGCAGGAUGGUCAUUAUUAGGG